AUGACGGCCAAGCUUUUCAACUUCUUCGUGCUGUACGGGCCCCGCCUACGCGCCACAGAAAUCAUGCUUCAUUGGUGCGUCAACACGUAUAACGUCAACGUCAAAGAAAACGUUCCCGUCACGGAAAGAAUAGCGUCGCAUACAAUUCCAUCAGUCGGAGAGGUCUUCGUUGAGGACUUCAACAUGACAAUUAACGGAACUUACUUUACAUCCCCAGACAGCCCCGGCAAGAAGUACGUUGCGGACGGAUUCGGACCGGGGGCAAUCGCCUCGGCUCUUGAUUCAACGUUGAUAGGGACUUACAUCGAUACCGGAGGGUACGAAUUCCAAAACGGAAGCCAGAUAUACGGCACAGCACUUUCAAGAGCUAGUAUUGGGAUCAAUAGCGCGAACGAAUCCCAGAAGCUUGACGACGAACAAUUCGCAACCUUGCGUAACCUCACGGAAAACAUUGCCAGUGGUAUUACAAACGCGUAA